UUGCCUGAGCCGCCUCACCCGCCAUCAACUACUCAAUUACAAAUCUCCACUUUUUCAUCAACUUUGACAAAUUUCCGUCAAUUUUUUAAAAUUUUGACAGCUCUCCCAGCCCCAUGUCCCACAUUUGCAAAGUGCUCAGUAGGGGGUUCCAAGUCCUGCCCAGGGUGACCAAUACGUUGUGAUUUGUCCGUGGCGGCGACCAAGUUGACCAGACACACUGCAGCAAUUUAUUGGAUUUGGAAUGCCAAAAAUGAUGAUCAACUUUGGAAAUAGAGAUUAAAGAUAAAUAUGACGGAAAUUUGUAUAACAAUGACACAAUUAUCACACCUUCGGUUAAGUGAGGGGAUGAAGACACUCGUUGAAAUAGACUAAAUAAUUUAGAAAAUAAGACAGUCCACAUCGCAUUUUUUAAACAUACCUGUACGAAGAAAGAGAAUUGGAAAUCUGAAGAAAAAUCUAUAAGGCUGUACAAUUAAUUAGGAACUGAACAAGAACAAAUUGUAUCACAUCAUCGAAUCUUUAAGUCUCAAAGUGGUAUUGUACUGAAUUUUGGACGGACACGCCACUGAUUAGUAAAAAUAUACAAUAAGUGCGUAUGUAUAGCGAUUAAUCACAGAUCUUGUCCAUUCUUGAAAAGAACUCUUGAACCGCCCCCCUUCCAUGAACAUCUCUACCUGGUCAUGAUGGAUAAGGAGGCCGUACCUGUUGUUAAUGAAACUCAAAACAAUAAUAACCACCAUCACAACAACAGUUACUUGGAGGAUACCAAGGAUGACGAUGAAGCGGCGAAAUGUUCCUCAAACAAUGACAUUGUUUCCGACGGAGAUACGGAAGUAAACAAUAUCAACAACAAAGAUAUUUCUGAAACGGAGCAAACCAAUAAUGACACCUCACCCUUCCCUCCCUGCAAAAUUGCGAGAAGGUCGAAAGACUCCAAUCGAAAGUCGGCCUCUUCCCCCAGAAUGAAAACUUCCACCCCAAACAGUAUGGCCGGAACUCCCGCAGGUUCUUCUUCAGAAAGGGAGCCUAAUUCUUCACCAGCAUCGAUCGAUAACCCACCAACAAAUGGCUCUAUAAAUAAUGACACAUUUGGAGAUGGAGAAAGAAGCGACAAGACAGAAUCUGGCGACAGUCAUUCGAUUAGCAGCAGCACAUUUCAGACGACAAAUGGGCCGCAUAAUCAUAUGACUCCAACCUUUACCAAAAGAAGCGUAACCCUUCAAAUGUUACUCGAAGCUGGAAUACUCAAACAAGGGGAAGGCACAAUGAGUUUGGAGUACCAUGGACAAAAAUUUAUUGGAGAUCUUUCGGAAAACGGUCAAAUCAGAUCCCAAGAAACGUCUCUACAAUAUUCCUCACCAUCUGCAUGGGCAAUUGCAUGCAAGCAGAUUAUUAAUCCUGAUAAGAUUCUACGCAAAUCUGGUUGUGGAUGGGCAUCUAUUAAAUAUAAAGGUUUGAAGCUCGACUACUAUAAAACUGUCUGGUUCAAACGUCUUCGAGAAGGCGCCAUAGACAUUAGACACAUUUCCAACGGUGCAUCGUCUACGUCGGAUGAUGGGUCCGAUGAUGAAGAUCACUCUGCAUUCUGUGUUUUAAAAUUUGGCGAACACUUGGACAACAACCCUAUCUUGCAAUCCGCACAACAACUAGGAGCUAAAGUAAUGAUAAGCUGCUCCAGAUUUCAAGAAAUAGAUAGAUUGCAACCAUUUUAUGUAAAAAUCACGUCAGAAGCUCUUGCACUGGCAGACUUUCAUUGUAACAUAACCGGUACAGAAUCUCUAGGAUAUAUCUCCGGACGUUGGAAUAGCGAUGAAAACAGUUUAAGCAUGGAGAUAGCUCAUCCUUGCAAAGUCCUCAUGCCCAACUCAUCCUCAAUAGACUGCGAUAUUGAAAGAAACAGGAUUGCAUUGGAAAUUCAACGACUCGGUCAUGACGUCGUUGGAUGGUAUCAUAGUCACCCUAAGGCUCCUCCUCAACCUUCCAAGGAUGAUAUUUCUCGUCAGUUAGAUUAUCAAAUAGUAAUGAAAGGGGCUUCCGAGUCGUCCUACAUUCCAUGUGUCGGAGUCAUUAUUUCUCCACUGUGCUACUCAAACCAAGAGGAUCUGACAACUUCUCCAGUUCAGUUCUUCUGGGUUAUGCCGCCUCCAGAAAACCGUCCAUUGGAUAUAGGAAGACCGAUGAAUAUAGAAUAUGACACUUACUCUCCUACCAAUGUGAACUUGAAACAAUUGCUUGAAGAAAUGGCAUCGCUCAUACAGUUUUAUAAAGAAAAAAAAGAUCUUGUAGAUAUUAACGAUUUAACCAGCGGAAGAUAUGAAAAGUUACAGGAGUCUUUCUCUUCUAUUAUAUCCGAAACGAGGAUGAAUGUCGACUUUUGGGACGAAGUCAAACUGUUAUUUAACGCACCAAUUUUAUCAGUUGCGUGUGCUAGCUCUGCAGGAUCCUCAAAUGUAUCGACAUCAUCAGUAUCAUCUACUUCUGCGGCUUUAAAUUCAGUAUCAACACCAAACUCUGUGGUGUCCAAUUCCACACCACCAGUGGCUUCUACGCCAGUUGACGAAACCCCAUCGACUGAGCAUAAUAAUCACGACGCUCCACCUUAACGUCUGAAAUUCUGCAACUAUUAACUCGAUAGGCUUUAAAUUAAACUGACAUCACUUUAGUUACAUAAUAACUCCGCUCUCGUCUCUGUUGUUGUCACGUUAGAGAAACAUAACACAAAGUUGUAGAUAUGUACACCUUGUUUCAAUUGGUCUCAUAUGAACGAUUGCUCGGUCGUCGUUUUUGUAGUAAUUUUUCUACGCUCGAUCUGAAAUGAAUGGAUGAAAGACUUCCAACAAUUGAUAUUUUCCUGUCGUACAAAGAGUCUCUGUUUAAGAUAGACGUCCAAUGUUUUGUAAAAUAUAAAUAGGUGUCGUCAAAGUUUUUUUUCUGUUCGUAUAUACAUACGUUAUAAACUCAAACGACUUCAAAUAUAGAAUGGCAGUAACUUCAAAAUACGCAUUGCCGGUUGGGGGAUGAUUGAAGGAAAAGUUUAAAGUUUUGACGACUUCGUCUCCGUCCCCCCAGCUGGAAAUUUUUGUUCUGAAGCUACUGUUAUUCUAUGUUCGAAAUAGUUUGUAAUAAUAAGUAUUUACUAAACAAAAUCGCGGCUACAUUUAUAAUAACUGAAAUUACGACCCCUCGUAUUCGAUAAAAACACACUGCUUUUAAUAUAAAGCUGAACAACUAAUUGCCAUUGAAAAAAUAGUAAGAUUUACUCAACAGUAUUUAUGAUAGUAUGAAAUGAUGAACUCUCGGCAGUUACAUGGUAGUAUGUCUAUCAGUAAACAUUAAUUAAUUAAUUUUAGGAUUGAAACAGAGUGCUAUUGGUACUUUUAACCUUGUCAAGGUUCAGCUACCUUGUCAAAUGAAAGUUGGCUGGAUUUUUUUGUAUGUAUUUUCACCAUGCAUUUCAUAACUUUUUUAGUUAACCUUUAUAUAACACAAGCAGCAGGGGAUACAACAUACAAUGUACUUAAUUUAACAUUACAACUGUAAUAAUUAUGGAGACGGAACUGGUUUUGAAAAGCAGCGAUUUUGCAUAAUAUUUAAAAUUAGAAAUUGUGUUUGUAAUAUUGUAUUUACGCUAACAAUUUACACAAAGUACAAGCCAGAAAUGUUUUAUAUACGAUAUGAAAAUGCAGACUAUAAUUACUCUCUAACUGAUCAUGCACCAUCGGAAUUCUAACUUGUUUUUGUUUUGUUUUUGCAAUCUCUGCUACUAGUAAAUAAGUUAUACGAUUAUACAUAUAUGUAUAUACAGAAAACAUUACCAAAUGCAUUUAGGGAGUACCUUUUUUGAAGCUUUUCUUGGCAUUUAGAUAAAAUUAGAAUAGCAUAUCCAGUGUCAAAAGCAUAAUGUAUUAUUAUGUAUGUACUCUUUGAUACUGACCUAUGUUAAUUGUACGCAACAUAAAAUAUUAGAAAUAAUAAAUAUUGCUAGUAUUGUACCAAACUAGUGGAAACCUUUUGUAUUGAUAUUUUUAUGUAGACGAAUAGACUUAUUUUUAGACAGGAUGAUCUGUGUCUUCUGCAAAGUCCAAUUUGAUUAAAUAAACCCAAAAGUUUAAGGUUAAUAAUAAAUCGCUAUUAAUUUGG